AUGGGCAGGUCGGCGACGACAGGAGGCUCGACUGGCCGUCGCGGAAGCUCUUCGCCGCCAAAGGAGCCGCCGGAAAAGGAAGGGGAAGAGGACAACGUCACUCCUCUUAGAAACCCUAGCCGGCGCGCUUUGAUGGGCGCCGCACAGCAACAACAACAAUUGUGGUCUUUGGGCCGGAGGAUUUGGGUCGGCGCGGGUCAGGACAGUUGA